AUGGCUAGCAUUGAGCUUUAUCAGCCUCGCAACAAUCAUGACAGACGAAUCUUUGAGGCGGAAACGCCAGACCCAGAGCGAAACUACACCCAAGCCCCCGACGCAGCCGCCUUCGACGAAAUCCCCCCAAACGGAGGCUACGGCUGGGUCUGCACACUGUGCAGCUUCUUGAUAAUCGUCCACACGUGGGGCAUAAACGCAGCAUGGGGUGUCAUACUAGCCUAUUUCCUAUCACACUCGACUUUCCCAGGUGCAAGCCGAAUCGAAUACGCCCUAAUCGGCGGCCUCUCCAUCGCACAAGCAAUGCUGAUGGGCCCGAUCGUAUCCGAAUGCCGUCGGAAGCUCGGCACGACCGUCACGUUGCUGAUCGGGACAAUAUUCGUCUUUGCUUCUCUGAUGGCUGCCUCCUACUCACAGCAGAUAUGGCACUUGUUCCUCUCUCAGGGGAUCUGCUUCGGCAUCGGAAUGGGCUUCCUCUAUCUAACCGCCAUGCACGUCCUCCCAACCUGGUUCUCCACUCGACGGAGCUUCGCAGUUGGAAUUGCGGGCGCUGGAUCUGGUAUCGGUGGUAUUGUGUACAGCUUGGCUGCGGGUCAUGCGAUCGAAGUACAAGGUGUGCGAGCCACCUACCGGAUUCUGGCCUACUGCGCCCUGGCAGCCAACCUACCAGCAUCACUGCUUCUCAAGUCACAUGAAGCACCCCAUCAUGAUCGUUCACGACGCAGCGUCGAUUAUAAAGAUCUAGCCAAGCCAGAAGUUCUUCUUGUGAUUCUGUGGGGAAUCACGACUGACCUCGGAUAUAUCGCGCUCAUCUACUCGCUUCCCAACUACGCCUCGUCAAUUGGUCUCACGGCGCAACAAGGAUCCGUGACGGGCGCGAUGCUGAAUCUGGGACUGACAAUCGGCAGGCCGGUAACGGGGUAUCUCAGCGAUACACUCGGCCGCAUCACAGUCCCGAUGGUCUUGACGGCGAUCUGUGGGCUGCUGUGUUUCAUCGUCUGGAUCCCAGCGCAGACAUACGACGUACUUCUGCUCUUCGCUUUAACAGCUGGCAUGGUCUGCGGUACAUUCUGGGGCACAGUUGUCCCCGUGCUGGCAGAGGUGGUCGGUAUGGGACGUAUGGCGUCUGUUUUCACGGUUAUUUGUCUGGCUUUGGUUGGUCCCACCACGGUUGCUGAGCCCAUUGCGUUGAGUCUGGUGAGUGGUGGAUCGAAGUAUCUGCAUACGCAGGUCUAUGUGGGAUGUCUUUUCCUGGUGGGUUCUUUUGGGGCGUGGAUGCUUCGCUCGUGGAAGUGCUAUGAGGUUGAGAAAAAGGCCUCGGAUGAGCAUGAGGGAUUGACAUCUGAUACAUCCAGCUUUCCGACGUUCUUCCGCUGGAUCACCCCGCAAAAGCUGUUUAUCCAGGGACGUGUCUAG